GUCUAAAGUGUCAAGAUGGCAAAUAUUCCGGAAUGUCCGCCCAGUCUGAAAUCCAUCCAGCACUAUUUGAAGGUAGCUACGGAACAUGAGGCAAGGGAUCCAGUGAUUGCCUAUUGGUGCAGGCUACAUGCCUUACAAGUUGGUCUUAAGGCAACAACAAAGAAAACACCAGAAGAGACUAAGGUUUUAAUGGCACUAAUGGACUGGUUAGAAGAAGCCAAGAAGAGCAUGAAAGACAAUGAAGCCAUCAGCAAUGAGGUGGCGGGUCAGGCCCAUCUCGAGAAUUAUGCUUUAAGACUGUUUCUGUUUGCUGAUAAGGCAGACAGAGAACAAAAUUAUGGAAAAAACAUGGUGAAAGCAUUUUACACAGCUGGCAUGAUCUAUGACGUGCUGACAACAUUUGGAGACCUGACUGAUGAAGCCGCUCAGAACAGGAAGUAUGCUAAAUGGAAGGCAGCCUACAUCCACAAUUGCUUGAAGAAUGGAGAAGCGCCUGUCCCAGGUCCAAUGCAAGACGGAGAACAAAACGAUGAUUCAGAAGUGCCGAACCCCGCACCCGCCUCAGAACCCGCGCCAGCAGCGACCGGCUUCCCUCAGGUGCCUGGUUUCUCGCAGGUGCCCGGCCUCCCGCAGGUGCCCGGCUUCUCGCAGGUGCCCGGCCUCCCGCAGGCCCCUGGUGCCUCGCCCGCGCCCGCCACGCCACCCAGCAGCUUCGGCAGCACGCUGCCCGACCCCGCGCUUGCCAUGCGCGCGGCCUCGCAGCUGCCCAACGUACCCUACACGCCCGACCCCAACCCGGGCGGGUUCGUGCCCUACGACCCCGAGCAGCAGCCCGCCCCCGCCGCGCCCGCCUCCCUGUACGGAGACAACACGAGCGCCGCCCAGCUCACGCCGGACCAGAUAGCUAAAGCCCAGAAAUACUGCAAGUGGGCGAGCAGCGCUCUCAACUACGAGGACAUGAAGACGGCCAUCACUAAUCUCAAAAAUGCCUUGGAACUGUUGCAGACUGGAAGAGACCCGGCUUGAAGUUUUGUAACAUUUUUUUAUUUGCAGCACACUGUUAUGGAAUCGAGGCAAUACAGGUAAUAUAUACAUUAUGUUUAUCUGUUGAAAUCAAUUAUCAAACCUUGGUAAUAAGAGAAUCUUAAAGUCCAGGCUGAUUUGUGAUAUUCUUGAUCCAAUUUUCUACUGACUGCAGACCUUUAUGUAAUGAGAAUGAGCGUAGUCAUGUAUUUUGUACACGUCUAAUGAGACGAUAAGAUAAUACUACUAAUUGGCUUAGGCGCAUGUCGCCUUAAAUUCGCAUGAUGAUUAUAUUAUAUAUAUAAAUGUAUAUUAUUGAUUUGAAAUAUACUGAAAACAGUUUUAUAGAUACAGUACUCACAUUAAAUACUUAUUUUAGGGUUAAGCCUUAACAAGUAUUAUCCCUUAUCCCAUAUGGUUGUACUAAAGAUCAGCUUUAAUCAUUUUCGAGUUUUAUUUAAACCAAAAGUAAAUUUUACCGGUAGAAAUGAAACCAAAUAAUUCUCUUUCCAUUUAUUCAAACAAUCACACUUCAAACACGACGCACAUCACACAAAUAAAUAAUACAAUUAUCUAAUUUUAUCAAAAUUGCAAUGAUUAUUAAAUAGUAUGUCAUCUCCAGUCAA